AUGCGCGGACGCUACGACGUUACUCACAGGCUUCAUGUUCGAGCCGACAACUCCAAAUCGUCCUCUUCGAGCGCGUCAUCUUCUCAGAAGAGCGCAACAACCAGUGCAUGCAAAGGGUCUUCCUGCGAACUCCCGGCUGGGAACACACAUCAGACUAACACGGCCGUUAUAGUCGCGGUUGUGGUCCCGGUUUGUUUGGUCGCGAUCGCGCUAUCAAUCGUGCUGUAUAUGGUGUGGAAAAAGGGCAAAAAAGAAGCUCUGGAAGAUAACGAUCCGGACUACGAUGGUGACGGAGAUUUUUUCCCUUCCAUGGGUCCGCAUUACGAGUUGAAGGAUUCGUUUCCUCGCGGAAACUCGUCUGGAAGUAAUUUCGACGGGUUCGAGCCAAAAAUUCCUUACGAGUAUGGUGGUGUUGGUGUCCCAUCGCUGGGACCUAAUAGUAUGCGUACAGGUACUCCAGCAGAAGCGUUUCAACUACCACAUGGAACGGGCCGUGAAGAUUUACGUGAGUUUGCAAGAAGUUUGGAUGCAAACGAUUUCAGUGGCUACCGGUUAGCAUCGAGAAGUGCAAGUGAGCUUUCACUAACACAACCUUCCGUCCCAAUGAACAAAGUUCGCCCCGCCGCGCCACUUCACAAAAAAUCUUUUACCAGUAGUAAUUUACUAUCCGUGGAAACUUCCUCUUUCAGCAAUCCCAGCCCAGAGAAAGCAUCUCCCGCUAAUCAUCAGUUCCGAGAACCAUCCGGUGCCGCGGAAUCUACUGGCCCAUUAAGAAGAUCGGCUAGUUUUGAGUUCGAGGCCAGCCCUGUGAAGGACGUUCGCACAAAUGUGGAGCAAGGCUAUGUACGCUCGUUUAGUGGGUACAGUCCAGAUGAGCCAACUCAAGAAAGCAAAGAUGAUACCGCGAGCAUCGAUUUGGACAAUGCACCAAACGGGGUUCAAAAUCCAUUUCUUCCUGAGGGCUUCCCAGAAAAUGAAUACGUUGGCAAUUUCAAUAACAAAGAGGAGGAAAAUAUUAAGCGAAUGAAAAGCAUAUACGAAGUGUAUCUGGACAGAAAUGGGACUGUUGUUAAGAAAAAGACAGGCGACGCGGAAAUUUCAUCCAAGCAUGAGGUUCCUGUCGAAGAUCUACCAGCAGAUGCAUUACACCAGAUCAAUGCAAUGGCGGCUUCAAACACCGAUGCACAAUCGCCCAUACCUGCUGAAGACAAAUCCGGAAUUUAUGCGGAUGCUUCAAACUUGAGAUUACCAGCUGACGAGCCUCCCGACCAUCGUAUAGCCUCUUCAAUUUACUCGGAGAUGCCACCGGUCACCGACCACAGUCAAGCAAUCGAGCCACAACAUCUUGAACAGAAUCAAAAUAUGCAAUAUAUUCCGCAGCAGCCGAACCUUACUUAUCCACAGGGCGCAUACUCCAGGCAACCUGCAUUCCCACAGCAUAUGCACAUGCAACAACAACGUUUGCAUCUUCCACAACAGUAUUACCAUCCACAAGCGCUGGAAAACAUUCGAGAGCUUCCAACGCCGUCACAUUUACCCUUCUCCGCCACCACUUCAUCUUUGACCUCUUUCAGAGGUAACGGGAACGGCGCAAUCAACGCGAUAAUGGGUGAUGGAAGGUCUGCCAAUCCAAUUGAUCACCCCGAACUCUUUUACAACCAAACGUCACCGACGCAGGAUGGGUUUGCGAUAAAUCAUUCGACCCAAUCGUACUCUCAAGGUUCUCAGGUUCUACCGCACCAUUUGAGACAAAGUGUUGUAAUGACAAACCCUGCUGAACUUUCACAUUCUAAGCUAUACAAACCUGCUGGUUCGUUCCGAAACUACAGCGCUGCAAACUCGCGAAAUAACAGUAUGACGUCUCAGCAUACGAUGCAACAGCAUCAGGCUCAACUGGCUCAUCAGCGCGUCAGUGGAAUUCUGGAUGAUCACGAUGCCUAUCAGCGGCCGAACAUGAGUGCCAUCUUGCCCCUCAGUGGAUCUCAAGACGACCUCAGAAAACAAUUGGGAUCUUCCCACAAUUACAACAACGUCUAA